CCGUCGUCGUCGCUAGUGUCGUGACUGUCGACUGACUCUGGAGAAUUGAUUAGCCAUAUUUUAGAUCUGCUGAUAGGCGGAACUGUCUUCUUUCGGGGGUUUACAGGAUACAUACGACUUGAGAAAGUGACCGGUAAUGUAAUUAACAGUUCGUGCAUGUUGAUGAGAUGAGAUGCCCGCGGCCCUCACUACUAUGGGUCGGUCGGUCCUCGAUCUGCGCAAUCGUGACGGGUUAUCCCCUUUGUCCCUCUAUCCAACCUCUACUUCCCUUCUUCUUCUUCACUUCUCUGUUGUUCCCCACUCGCUCUCCGCCAUCUUUCCCACCAUCGUCUAUCUUUAAUCACUCAAAGACGUCCCACUGCUCACAACUCUUCCAAGUUAAUCGAGGCAGUGUAUAUCGCUCAUUGACCUCCCCGCCGCCGCUUGGAUCGCAACAUCGUAGGGCUGACCAUCAUGUGGGACAGGUCAAGUUUCAGCAUCCUCCGCUAUCCCUGCCGGAACCACGUAUAUUCCCUAUCAUGUCCGUCAUCGCUGCUAUUAUUACGAGCGAUGCGUCACGGAGGAGGCUAUUCUGUCGGCGAAUAUGUGUGAAUGUGAUGUCUACUUCAGUCCUGCUGUGCUGCGAGAGUGAUCUCUUCUUGUAGUGAGUGUGUCUCGCGACAUUGCUCUUUUGACUUUGCGAUAUUUGAUCUCUUCGCGUUCCAUAUUCGUCUUGCUCAUCCUGACGGGCUUCUGGAAGAUUGAAGGUCUAUUUACGCGUGGAGCUCGCGUUUCGAACUGAUUACAGUACUCGUGUCCUCCUCCCUCGCACUCCCACCUUGACUCUCUGCUUUUUCUUCACUUUUCUUGCUGACACCUGAUACCUACCGCGCUGUCCUGCAUUUCCUUUGUUCGUCGUUCGUCCAUCAGCUCGUUAAUUACCAUCUUGACAUUCGAUUCCU